AUGGCCAGGCCCGGUCUACGUGCAGGGCACCGGACGUGUAUUGGCAGCAGUGUUGCUUCGUACCCACGAGUACCGUACGAAUGCCGAUACGAAAAACGGGCGGCGCGACGACGAUCCUGCUGUUUCCAGGCUUGCUUCCCGUCUGGAGCCGUGCGGCAAGUCACGGUGCGGUGCCCGCAACUUGCAAGCAGGCGCUGGUAUAUUCGGGCCUUGGCGUGUGAGGCGAGACGAGGCGAGCCAGGCGCCAUAUUUUGUUCAUUUCGUGCCAAUCUCGCCAGCACUUUUCUGGCCAUCAUCGCCGACAUCACACUGGGCCUUGGCGGAGUCCCCUUAAUAAUCCAAGUUGGCACGCCUGGCAUUCAAUGUCUGGAUAUGAAGCUCAAGCUCAAGCCGCUGCUUGUUACGGAUACUAAUGUGGCUGUCAGCCGCUGCACAGUCAGCGAGUCCUUGAAAGCCACGCCUAAGAGCUCCGUACAGCAUAUCAGGUACACCAUCACUUCCCAGUUCUCGCUGCCUUCACGGCAGCUUCCAGCUUGGGCCAUCAAGAUGCCGCGUGCGGCUGCGAGCGGCGUAGCGCCUGUCGGCCGGCAGUUUUUGCCUCCAGGCUCAACGACGACGUUUCUCAGACGCGCAUCCGGCAGCAUUUCUUCGGAGGACGCAGGUCUCAAUCGGACGGCAUGGAUCUGCCUGCCGCUGCCAUUCCCACAUGCCGCCCGCCAUCCAAUGUUUCCCGUGGACCGAAUGGUUCAGUCUGUUUAUUAUCACGUUCCACCAGUGUUCGUCACGUCUCCUGUUGGCCGUGAGUCCCCUCGGCUGCCCAUCACGAAUUCGUUUUCCUCUGAUUCAUGGCGGUGCCAAGAACCCACAUCUGCCCCCUGCAUUUCACAUUUCACACUCAUACGCCAAUCUCGCAACGAAAUCAGCAUUACAGCCACUAAAGCAUCCGUAACACAACGCAUAGAUAGUACGGCGUACAUAUUAUACGACGGGUAUUUUUCGAUCAGUAUUGCUUGCCUCUCCAUCCGCCGUGAAGUAGAAAGACAGCGCGAGACGGUCAGGGCUGACAAAGCCAUGCGACGAUUAUCCCACCAUGAUCUAGAUGACUCGCCGUCAUGA